CUCUAGCCGUGACAGGAGGGGAAAAUAAAUAAAUAAAUAAAAAUCUAAUCCCUAGUCGUCACUACUCUCCUGUAGUUGUAGCAACGAGCCCACCAUGUCCCUAUCCCGUAAAUUCCACAAGCGCAUCCGCAUCGGCGCCGACGGCGUGGCCAGAAGCGCCUGGGGACCAAGCGGGAACCCGGUCCCGUCGAUCGAAGAAGCCGACGACGACGAACCGCCAUCACAACCACCACCACCUCCCCAGCUGGAAGAAGACAACGAGAGAGCAUACACGCCCGACUACGACCCCUACGACGACUACGACUACUACCACGGGAGCCCGCCCCUCAAGGUGCCCCGGUACGUCCCCAACCAGCCCGUCGACUCGAUCCCGGACUUCUCCGACGACGAGGAGGAGGCCGAGUUCCGCGCCAAGGUCGCCGCCACCUACAAGUGGAUGGAGGAGGAGGGCGUGCGGUCUGCGGCCGCGUACCUGACGCCGGCGGCCGCGGCGCUGAAGCGGAAGCACAGCAGAAUGGCCAACGGGACCAGUAACGGCAAUAACAACAACAAUGGUGAUGACCUCGAAAUAGUAUCAUUGUCGGAAGAAUCGUCGGGGGACGGAAAUGACCAAGACGGAGAAGAAGCAAAAGACGAAGGCGAGACCUCCGAGUCCGCCGCGCGCGUCGGCAUGAUCGACAACAUGGUCGAACUGCUGGAAACGGUCGGGGUGACGCUGAACUUCCUCGUCAACGUGCAGGGGGCCGACAUCGACCCGACGGACCUGCAGCAGGUCCGGGAGACCCUGGGCAAGUACGCCGAGGACGAGAAUCAGCAGCAGAAGCCGUGGCACACCUCGGCCGAGGAGGCGCCAGACCGUGCCGAGGCCAUGGUCGAGCGCUUGUUCGACAUGCCGCUCCGCGAGUUCUUGCCCCUCGCGUAUGAUAUCGCUGAAUUUAGGGACGAGUUGGAAGCACGAGGAAUUAAUCUUUAAGAUAGUUAGUGGAAGUCGAGACAGGCUCGUAUUUGGGAGCGUAGCUAGAUUUGCUACUUAAGAAAAGUUGUAGUAACUUUCAAGAUUGUCCUAUUAGCUUAAUAGAUUUAGGGGAAAGA